CUGCGCCAUUACGCACGGCGCACCAGCCUCCUUGGAUUUGGACGGAGCUCGAGGCUCUCUCCGCCAGGAAGGACUCGGCCUUCCAGUUUACACAGUUUGACUUCUUUAUUUGGACGUUUGUGGACAGAAAAGCGAAGUGAUGGCUUUUCAGAGACUCCUAGUCGCCAGAUGAGACUCGCGUUGGACUCGUCGGACGCGGAGGAGGUCGCCGGAUGAUGAGAGUCGGGGGACGACAGGUGAGACGACAGUUGGCUUUCAGCAGAUUGGAGCAGGUCUUUCCUCGACAAACAGCCAGCCACAACCGCGAGGGGAGUCCGAGGUCAUCACCCUGAGAUGGACUCAAAUGGAGCGUCCCUCAACCGUAGUCAAUCACUGGCCAGCGGUCUGGAGAAGACUUCGCUGACGUGGAACAAGCCAGCCCUCUCUCAGAGCAGCAGCACUCUGUCGUCUCGCCACUCCAAACAAAUUAUCAAAGACUGGGAGGUGGUUGAUGAACUUCAAGUAGAAAUGCAAGCUGGAAACGAGAGUCCUCAGGAUAUGUCUCCUCCUGGGAUCUGCGAAGGGUAUCUUCUCAAGAGGAGGAAGUGGCCCCUUAAAGGCUGGCACAAGCGAUACUUCAUCUUGGAAGCUGGGAUCUUACGCUACUCCAAAAACCACCAAGAUGUCUCCAGGGGACGUGUCCAGGGCUCGCUAGAUGUUAGCCAUGCUGUGAUGUCAAUAAACAAGAAAUCCAAUCGUAUUGACUUGGAUGCAGGUGACAUUCUCUAUCAUAUGAAGGCAAAAAGUCACGAGCUGUUCUACAUCUGGGUCACCAAGCUGCAAGCCCACCGCUCCUACAAGAGGAAUGAGAUGGCCCACGUCCACAGUGGGAUCCCUCAGCUGUCCCACACCGCUGCUGCUGAACUCCCUCAGAGAAAUGGAGACUUGAGCUCCACGGGGCUGGCGGAUUCAGCCGGAGCGUCUGGGGUGCUCCCCUCUGCUAACACUGCUGUGAACACUAAGGUGUCUGCCUGGCUGCAGCAAAGUCACCAUCCAGACACAUGUAUUCAAGAGCUGAACCGUUGUAAUCUGGACCUUUCGGAGCUAAACCGUCUGAUCCAGAGGCUCCAGGCGCUGGAGGUGGGCCAGGCUUUUACUAAUGGAGACCUGCAACGCAUCAUCAGCAUGCAGAAUCUCUCACUUGAAAAGCCAAAGAAGCCCAAAUCAGGAAAGAUUUGGGGCCAUUCUCGCACACUGUCCAGAGUGGAGGCUCUGGGAAUGCCUAUUCGUGGGAUUACCAAAUCGCUGUCCUCCAGUCACCUGAGCAGCACGCCCCACCUCGGUGCGUCGGUGCCCUCCAUCCCCGACUACGUGCACUCUCAGCUGGCCCCGCCCGCUCUCAUCUCACCGGAGGGCAAGAAGAUCCAGCAGGACAUCUGCACAAUGUCCCUCAAAGUGUUUACCUCCCUGAAAUCGGUGCACGACACUCUGUCCCUGGAAAGACAGAAGCUGCAGCAAGCCAACCACAGCCUCCAGUCUAGCACAUUAGCUGUGCCUGUAUCAUCCCACAGGCCGCCCUCAGUGGCCGAUUCAACUGCAGAGUACUUUGAUGCCAGUGAUGACGUCCUUUGUGGGAGUUCCUCCGAGGUGUCUGAUGAAUCUGGGCUCAGCGAUGGAAGCACCACCAACUCGGAGCCGGAGGAAGGACAUGCAUCAGCAACCCGGAAGUACCGCGCAAGCAUUUCCAGGGCUCCCAAUAGUGUUGCUCCCAAGAGCACCGGGCGCCGGACGACGCUGCCUGCCCACUGUCCAGACAACAGCCACGUGGGCCUCAUGGCUAUCCUCUACAACAACAUAGGUAAAGACUUGGCUCGCGUGUCCAUGCCGGCCGCCCUCAAUGAGCCGGUCAACCUGCUGCAGAGGCUGUGCGAAGAGCUGGAGUACAGCGAGUUACUGGACACGGCCAACAGCACCACAGACCCCUACCAGAGGAUGGUUUACAUUGCUGCCUUCGCUAUUUCUGGCUACGCCACUGCAACAUUCAGAAACCGCUACAAGCCCUUUAACCCGGUGCUGGGGGAAACCUACGAGUGUGUCAGGGAGGACCGCAGUUUCCGCUUCAUCAGUGAGCAGGUCUGCCACCAUCCCCCCAUCUCAGCCUGCCACGCACACUCUGAAAACUUCACCUUUUGGCAAGACCAGCGAUGGAAGAAUAAGUUCUGGGGGAAGUCGCUGGAGAUCGUGCCAGCAGGGAUGGUCAACGUGACUCUGCAGAGGUAUGGAGAUCACUACGAGUGGAACAAGGUGGUGACCUGCAUCCACAACGUGCUGAGCCAGCAGCGCUACCUGGAGCAUUAUGGGGAGGUCACCAUCCAAAACCUCAAGAACAACAUCUGCACCUGCAAGAUUACGUUUGUCAAGUCACGUUACUGGGGUUCAGAGACAAACAAGAAUGAGGUGCAGGGAACGGUGCUCGACAAAAGCGGCAACGUCAUCCACCGGUUUGGGGGCCUUUGGCAUGAAGGGAUCUUCUGUGACACUCUGCCAACUCCAAAAUGUGUUUGGAAGCCAAAUCCCCAGCCAAAGAACGAGAUGCUUUACUAUGGCUUCUCCACUUUCGCCAUGGAGCUGAAUGAACUCAGUCCAGGCCUGAAGCCUUUCCUACCUCCCACUGACAGCCGCCUGCGCCCAGACCAGAGAAUGCUGGAAGAGGGAAAAGUGGCUGAAGCUGACAAAAAGAAAGAUGAAAUCGAGGAAGUCCAGAGAGAGCGCAGAAAAGAGCUCACCAAAAAGGGGGAAGAGCAUAUUCCACGUUUUUUCAAGAAGUCCAAAGAUUCCAGCGGGCAGGAUGUUUGGCUCACCAACGGGACUUACUGGAAGAUGAGAGAGAAUCCUGGUUUUGCUAAGCUUAAUAACUUUAUUUUGUGGUGACGAGUUGAGAUCACAGCAACCUGCACACAACACUGACCCGACGACAGAGGCGAUGGAUACACCAGCACAUAUGACCCGCUCUGGGAGAGCCGCGACGGUGCUGCUUAUCUGACUCCUACUAGACUCCCGUGACUGGCUCAUGGGAAAUGUCCAUCAUCAGUUAGCCACAUGUAGGACUGGUGAAGAUGUGAGGAAAGAUCUUUACAUUUUUUUAUGCGUUUAUUAAAAGCCAAAUCAGAAAAAGUUGGGAAAAAGCAUCACGUAUUACUGGAAGUAAUUUUUUUAUGUAACUUUUAUAAUCUAGUUGACAAGGAGCCCAAGAAGUUUCAUGUGUCAUUGAUUGAGCUGCUUUCAUUUGAUAGUAUACGUCCAUCACCGCAUUUCAGGGCUGCAACUCAUCCCCCCAACACGUUUUUAACACUUUAUUAUGUUUCCAUUCCUUUCCACAAAACUUAAAAGGCCUUCUAGGAGUAAAUACAAAUCCAAGAAGGGUGUUAUUUUGCCCAUGGAAACUACAAACAUCACUUAAAGUACGCAACAAUACGAGAUUAACACCAUCACUUUUUUCUUUUUGGUCAUUCUCCACAAAAUCUCUGUUGAGGUCAGAUCAGGACGACAGGUACGCCUGUCUUGUAAUGGUACCCCGUUCUUCCACAGCCAUGCUUUGUAACGUGUGCAGGAAGUGGUUUUUCAAGGCUAUGAUCUCGAGGUGCGUUCGUAGCAGGACUUGAUCUCAUUUUCCCUCUCUUUGGGAUUCAGUUUGUCAUUAAUGUUGCUCUGGUGCAGAAUAAAACAAUUGGACAGAGUCCUUAAAAAAGAAGGGGUCCGACUCCGAAUUAGAACUGAAACGGGACUGAAAAUCUGCAGCAAUGCAUUAUGGGUAGACUUUAAUUUCUGCAGGAUUGACACAUUGAUGCGAGCAACCUCCUUUACUGCGUUGCUAUGCACCUUCGACCGUCUCAAAGCCUCCCCUGCAGCUUGGCCACGCCUCCUUUUUCAAGGAAUUAAACUGAAAGAAUCAGUAAAAGUGAAUGAUAUUCACAUAUCAUCAUGUCACUAAACGUGGCUGAACACCAGUUUAUUCAGACUUAUAAGAGGUGACAACAGUGUCCCAUAGUUUACGUGAUGCACUUAGGUCCACUCGGAUAUUUAAGGGAGUAAAUGACACUUUAAAAACUCAUCAAGUGGUCUGGAGCAGAGCUACUGAACUA